AUGGCGAGCACGGAGGCCCGCAGAGAGUGCGAGACGGAGGGCUGCGGCCGGGACGCCAAACUGCAGUGUCCCACGUGCAUCAAGCUGGGGGUGCAGGGCUCCUUCUUCUGCUCGCAGGAGGAGAAGCAUGAGGGUGAGGGCAGGAACUGUGUGGAGAACGACAUCAACACCGACCCCUGGCCAGGUUACCGAUACACGGGCAAGCUGAGGCCCCACUACCCACUGGAAUGCUUUAAGGGGAGCUGGGCGUCUCACAAACUGCUGCAUAAAAAAGCAAAGGAGGAGAAGCAUGAGGGUGAGGGCAGGAACUGUGUGGAGAACGACAUCAACACCGACCCCUGGCCAGGUUACCGAUACACGGGCAAGCUGAGGCCCCACUACCCACUGGUGAGGAAACAGACAGCCAGAAACAGCCAGAAACAGCCAGGAACAGACGGGAACAAACAGAAAACAGACAGAAACAGAAAAAAACAGACAGAAACGGACAGAAACAGACAGGAAACCGACAGGAACAGACAGAAACAGACAGGAAACAGACAGAAACAGACAGAAACAGACAGGAACAACUCCGCUGAGGCCGGUGCCCGGAGACAUUCAGAGACCCGACUAUGCCGAUCAUCCAAGAGGUAA